AUUAUUCCUUCUAAAACCUCUUUUUUUUUUCUUCAUUAAUCAUUUUCACUCUCACUCACUCGCCGACCAUGUCCACUCGCCGCGCCGGCGUUACAAACGCCGCCGUAAAAACCACCACAACAACCACCAGAUCCAUCACCCCUGUCUCCACCUCACGCAAACUCCCAUCUCUUUCAUCAUCAUCUUCCAAAUUCGAAAAAGAAAACAACCCUCGAAGAUCCACGUCUCGUGGGCCCACUUCAAACCCAACUCAAAAGCCCAUCACAAAACCCAUCCCUCCCCUCGACCGCAGAUCCUCUUCCUCUUUUUCCUCUCUUCCUCGUGGAAGAAGCCCUAGCCCCUCCGACCUCCGUCAACCCCGCCGCAUCUCCGUUGACCGAACAACAACCAAAGAUCCGACGACCCAUUUGAAAACCCGCAGAGAUUCCAACGCUAAAUCAGCAGAUAAACUCAACAGCACCGAAAAGGUUAAACUUUUGAAGGGGAAAUCGAGUUCUGAAGUUGAAUCAAAUGGUUCUAGGGUUGAAGAAAACAACACAAAAAACAAGUGUACUAGUAAGCUUCAUGAAAAGCUUGCGUUUUUGGAAGGGAAAGUGAAGAGAAUAGCUUCUGAUAUAAAGAAAACUAAGGAGAUGCUGGAUUUGAAUAAUCCGGAUGCAUCAAAAGUUAUACUUUCUGAUAUUCAAGAAAAGAUCUCAGGUAUUGAGAAAGCUAUGGUUCGUGUUGUUGUUUCAAAUGAUGAAAAUAGUAACAAUCAUGUUGGCGUUGUUAAUGAUAAUGGGGUUGAAAAUUUGAAGUUAAAUAGUUUGGUCAAAGGGUUGAAUAGUGAAGAGCUUGAAGCUAGGUUGUUUCCACAUCACAAGUUGAUUAGAGAUAGGACUAUAAAUAAGGAUUCAAAGGUUGAAUUGGAAGGGAAUGUGUUGAAUUUUGUUGAUGAAAACUCGAUAGCGGUUGAGUUUUUGGAUUCACUUGAAAAGGGUAGAGGGAAAGAUUCUACUUGUUGUGAAGUUGAAGGAACUCAUGGUGUUGUUCCUUGUGAUGGAAUUGAAGGAGGGAAAAGUGAUUCUUCUUGGAAUAUUCAAAAGUGUGAUGUUGAUAUGGAACUUGAAGCUGAUGAGAAGCUUGAAGAGUUUGAUGAGAAAGAGAAUAACAACAACACACAAGAGGAAGAAGGGUAUGUUGGUGAUGAAACUGAUGAAGCUUUUAAUUUUAAGCUUAAUGGAAUAGGGAACAAAAUUGCUGCAGCUGGUUGGUUUGUUUCUGAAGGGGAAGCUGUUCUUCUUGCUCAUGAUGAUGCUACUUGUUCUUAUUAUGAUAUUGCCAAUUCUGAGGAAAAAUCUGUAUAUAUCCCCCCUUCAGGAAUUUCAUCUAGCAUAUGGAGAGAUUGCUGGCUAAUUCGCGCUCAAGGUUCAGACGGUUGCUCUGGAAGGUUUGUAGUUGCUGCAUCAGCUGGCAAUACAAUGGAUUCAGGCUUUUGUUCAUGGGAUUUUUACACCAAGGAAGUAAAAGCAUUCCAAGUUGAGGUUGGAUCUGGAACAACUUCUUCUAGAACAGCACUUCGACAGUUACCGAACAACAUCAUACAAAGAAGGAAUUUAUCAGCUUCUACCAUUUCAGAAGCUAGGCAAUGGUGGUUUAAACCAUGUGGACCUCUCAUUAUCUCUACUUGCAGCUCACAGAGAGGUGUGAAAGUUUUUGAUGUUCGAGACGGAGAGCAAGUGAUGAGGUGGGAGGUUCAGAAGCCUGUUGUUGCUAUGGAUUACUCUAGUCCUUUACAGUGGAGAAAUAGAGGGAAAGUAGUUGUAGCUGAAUGUGAAGGCAUUUCUUUGUGGGAUGUAAACUCACUCAGUCCUCAUGCUUUGGUUUCUGUUCCUUUGGGUGGUAAGAAAAUUUCUGCUCUCCAUGUGAGUAAUACUGAUGCAGAGCUUGGCGGAGGGGUUCGCAAAAGAGUAAGUUCAUCAGAAGCUGAAGGGAAUGAUGGUGUGUUUGUCACCUCAGAUUCUAUCAAUGUAAUGGACUUCCGACAACCCUCCGGUGUCGGCCUCAAGAUAUCAAAACACAGUAUCAACGUACAAUCCAUUUUCUCCCGUGGAGAUUCGAUAUUCCUCGGAUGCACCAGCUCCUCCAAUUCAAUAAUAAAAAAGCAAUCCUCAUCAUCGAUACAACAAUUUUCGUUGCGCAAACAAGGACUCUUCAACACAUACACUUAUCCAGAAUCCAAUGCACACUCACACUAUGCAGCAGUAUCUCAAGUUUGGGGUAAUUCAGACAUUGUGAUGGGUGUUUGUGGAUUAGGACUACAUGUGUUUGAUGCAUUGAAAGAUGAUGAUGAUGCAUUAAGGGUUGUGAAUAUGGAUCACUCUAAUAAUAAUGGUGAGAAUUUUAGGGAAGUUGUUGGUCCAGAUGAUUUGUAUUGGCCUUCAUUUGAUUAUAUGGGAUCUCGUGCUCUUCUCAUAUCAAGAGAUAGGCCAGCUAUGUGGAGGCAUCUAAUAGUUUGAUAUUGUAGUAGUAAUGCAUUUGUUUGUAGUUGUAACUAAAAGGAUUGUUUAUCAGAAAUUGCAAUAUGGUUAUUUGGUUUUUAUUAAGUUGAUGGUUUUCUAUUUCCUUGCAA